AUGGACACUGUCGGAAAUACUCCCCUCAUCCGCUUGAACAAACUCAGUGAAGAGACUGGAUGUGAGAUUCUUGGCAAAGCCGAGUUCAUGAACCCUGGAGGUUCAGUCAAGGACAGACCUGCGCUCCAAUUGAUCUUGGACGCUGAGCGAAGGGGUCUGAUUAAGCCAGGAGCUACCAUUACAGAGGCAACCUCAGGCAAUACUGGGAUUGGUUUAGCUCAUGUGUGCAAUGCCAGAGGGUACAAGCUUGUUGUUUGCAUGCCCAGGACCAUGUCGCUGGAGAAGCAGCGCACUCUGAAACAAUUGGGCGCUCAAGUCAUCCUGACAGAGCCUAUCCCGCUCAAGGAUCCUGUUACUGGGAAGCCAAAUAUGGAACAUUACCAUAAUUUGGUAUCAAUGAUUGAAAUGCUUGCUUGGCAAAACACUGCUAAUCGUGAAGCUCAUUACCUCACAACUGGUCCAGAAAUUAUGCAGCAGACUGGCGGCAAAAUAGAUUGUUUCUGUGCUGCAACAGGGACAGGAGGAACGAUCGGAGGCGUUUCUCGGUACUUGAAGGAUUACUCUCCGAAGACAAAGGUAGUCCUUGCGGAUUGCUUUGGGAGUGCUUUGCACAGCUGGGCGACUACUGGAUCAUCCCCUGUCACUGAAGGAAUCGGAAACAGCAUUAUCACAGCAAAUAUGGAGGGACUUCGUGACUACAUUGAUGAUUGUAUCCAGAUUCCCGACCCUGAUGCCAUAAGGAUGGUUUUUCGCCUACUUUACGAUGAAGCGAUUUUUGUUGGUGGAUCAGCAGCACUGAAUGUGUGUGCUGCUGUUGAGAUGGCGAAGCGUCUUGGGCCUGGCCACACCAUUGUCACCAUCUUGUGUGACAGUGGCUUCAGGUAUGGCAGCAAGUUCUUCAACAAACAAUGGAUGCAGGAGAAAAAGCUUUACGAUUGUCUGCCUCCUGAACACCGCGCUGGGAUCGAGUGA